UGUGUUUGUCGUCGUUCCCCAUCUCAAAUUCCGCUUCCAAAGCUGAGCGUGUUUCUCUGUGGGGGACGUGCGUGUCUGAGCUCCAGUCCCCCACCCUCCUGGCGGCCCACGCUGCUACCGCUGACCACACGCCCCUCCUUCGUCCCACCCCAGUGUGAAAACGAGUCCGCGCUGAACCUGUAUGAGACCUGCAAGGUGCGGACGGUGAAAGCGGGCACGCUGGAGAAGCUGGUGGAACACCUGGUGCCCGCCUUCCGGGACAGCGAUCUCUCCUAUGUCACUGUCUUCCUGUGCACCUACCGAGCCUUCACCACCACCCAGCAGGUCCUGGACCUGCUGUUCAAAAGAUACGGAUGCAUCCUCCCUUAUUCUGACGAGGACGGCGGACCCCAGGACCAAUUGAAAAAUGCCAUCUCCUCCAUUCUGGGCACCUGGCUGGACCAGUACUCGGAGGACUUCUGUCAGCCCCCAGACUUUCCCUGCCUCAAGCAGCUGGUGGCCUACGUACAGCUCAACAUGCCUGGUUCCGACCUGGAGCGCCGUGCCCACCUUCUGCUGGCCCAGCUGGAGCACGCAGGGCCCCCGGAGGCUGAGCCCGAGGCUCCAGCGCCAGUUCUAAAAACGGCUCCAGAACUAGAGCCAGCUUUAGCACCAACUCUCCUGCCCGCCCCAGAGCCCGAGGCAGCCCCAGCACCCGCUCCAGAGCCCGAGGCACCCCCGGCACCCACUCCAGAGCCCGAGGCAGCCCCGGCACCCGCUCCAGAGCCCGAACUAUCUCUGUCACAAACUCUCAAGCUGGAGGCAGCUCCAGCACCCGGGCCUCCCUGGCCCUCACCUGUGGCUGCAGAAAAUGGCCUGAAUGAGAAGCCUCACCUCUUGGCCUUCCCUCCCGACCUGGUGGCAGAGCAGUUUACCCUGAUGGAUGCGGAGCUGUUCAAGAAGGUGGUGCCGUACCACUGCCUGGGCUCCAUCUGGUCGCAGAGGGAUAAGAAGGGCAAGGAACACCUGGCUCCCACUGUCCGCGCCACUGUCACCCAGUUCAACAACGUGGCC